ACUUACCCAACGCGUAGAAAGACAGACGACGACUCUUGACGAGUUGACUGGUAGACUGCGAUCUGUGUUUGUCUAAUAGAACGAGACGAGCAGUUCGCGUUCAUAAUCGAUCGUUUCUCUAGCUUUGAUCUUGUUGGUGUUUCUCUAAUAAUGGCCGCUUCUUCAUCUUCACCUUCUUCUGGUGGUCAUUGCAAGUAUCAUGUCUUCCUCAGUUUUCGAGGGGAGGAUACCCGCAAAAACUUCGUUUGCCAUCUCUACAGAGCUCUAGAACAGAAAGCAAUCCACACCUUCAUCGAUUCUGAAGAGCUCGAAAAAGGCAACAAAAUUUCCGAGUUACUCAACGCUGUUGACGAAUCGAGGAUUUCGGUUGUAGUUUUAUCUUGUCAGUAUGCCACUUCCACAUGGUGCUUAAAAGAGCUCGUCAAAAUCAUGGAAUGCAUGGAUAAGAAGCAGCAGAUUGUGGUGCCCAUUUUCUAUGGGGUAGAUCCCUCCCAUAUUCGAAAAUUGAAGAAGAAGUUUGGGAAAGCUUUUGCCAAACAUGAACAAAAUCCUAACCUCGACAAGGAAGCACUGGAGACCUGGAAAACUGCACUAAAAAGAGUCUCGGAUGUAUCUGGCUGGCACUCGCGAGAGUGCAAGGAUGACAUCGAGCUUAUUGAGAAUAUUGUAGGAGACGUAUUCAAAAAAUUGAAUAAAUUCCCUGGACUUUCCAGUCAACCAGACAAUUUGGUUGGAAUGGAUCAUCACAUUAAGGAAGUGAAUAAGCGAUUGUGUCGUGGGAAGAAUGAUGUUGGUGUUGUUGGAAUAUGGGGUAUGGGUGGUCUAGGCAAAACAACCAUAGCUAGAGCUGUUUAUGACAAAAUCGCUCAUCAAUUUGAACACAAAUGUUUUUUUUAUAAUGUGAAAGGACGUUUUCUGGAGAAGGAUGAAGCACAAAUGCGGGGAGAACUUCUGUCUAUGAUCUUGAAGAGAAAUAUGCACAGUGUAGACAUUUUCAAUGAAGGUUCCAAUGCAAUACUGGGUAGGUUAGGUAAGAAAAAAGUUCUAGUUGUUCUUGAUGAUGUGGAAACGUUUUUCCAAAUUGAAGCCUUACUUGGAGAUUUUUAUUCAUUUGGUGCUGGAAGUAGAAUCCUUGUAACAACUAGAGAUAAGGAAUCACUAGCUGGAGUUUAUGAGACAUAUGAGCCCAUGUGUUUAGAUCAUAAUGAAUCUCGUGAACUCUUUAUGAAGUAUGCCUUCAAAAAAAACCAACUCAGUCAAGAGUAUAGUGAUCUCUUAGAGCGAGCCAUAGAACAUGCUCGGGGUCUUCCUUUAGCACUUAAAGUCUUGGGAGCUUCUCUUUGUGACAAAAAUAUACACCAGUGGAAACAGCGGUUAGAGAAAAUCAAGGAAAUCCCGCCAAGGAAGAUUCUGGAUGUGCUUAGAACAAGCCUUGAGGGACUAGACCAUCAAGAGAAAGCCAUAUUUCUAGAUAUUGCAUGUCUCUUUAGAGGAUGGAGAAAAAAAUUUGUCACAGAAUUAUUAGAAAGUUUGGGCUUCUGUGCCCUCGAUGGAUUAAGCGUUCUAGAGGACAGAGCACUCAUAACUGAUAGAUUUUCGAGACUCGACAUGCAUGAUUUACUACAAGAAAUGGGUAGAGAAAUUGUCCGCCUAGAAUCUCCUUCAGAUCCUGGGAAGCGCAGUAGGUUGUGGAGUUGUGAUGAUGUUAGUCGUGUAUUGACUCAAAAUACGGGGACGGAUGCAGUUGAAUGCUUAAUCCUAGACUUGUCGAACUCAACAGUCAACCUAUGCAUACAGACUGGAGCUUUUAUUAGAAUGACGAAGCUAAGACUGCUCAUGAUUUAUUAUUCAUUCUUCAAUGCAUCUGAAUACGAUUAUUUCGAUCUCGAUUAUUUCAAUCUCGAUUAUUUCGACGCCGAUUAUGACGACUAUUACUGUCACAAAUAUGAUUACGGUGACUAUGACUGUGACGGUGACAUUGGCAGUGAAUACUAUUUUCCAACUAUUAGACGCUGUGAUCGUUUAUGUCCUGUUGGUGGUAAACAACUCUGGACGGAGGACUUGGAGUAUCUUUCUCAAGAAUUGAGGUUUCUAGUAUGGCAUGGAUGCCCACUAAAGUCUUUGCCAUCAACCUUUAACCCAACGAAUCUUGUUCAACUUGACAUGCGUGGUAGUCACAUUCAACAACUUUGGGAAGGAAUCAAGCCCCUGCCAAAUCUGAAAGUCAUCAUGUUAAGUCACUGUCAAUACCUUAUCAAAAUCCCUGACUUAACUGAGGCGAUAAAUCUUCAGAGAUUAUUUUUUGAUGGCUGUUCAAGUUUAAUUGAGUUUGAGUUUCAUUCAUCCAUUUAUGCUCUUCAAAACCUCCAUGUCUUGGAUCUAAAGGGGUGCAAGCAACUUAAGAUUCUGCCAAGCUGCAUUCAUAUGAAAUCUCUAUGGAUCCUUUGUCUUUCUGGUUGUUCAAAUCUUGAAACGUUUCCAGAGAUUUUAGAGGUUAUGACAAAGCUAAAAUGGCUUUAUUUAGAUGGGACUGCAAUUAAAGAACUUUCGUCAUCUAUUAACAAUCUCACUGGGCUUCGUGUUUUAAAUCUCAAGAAUUGCACAGAACUUAAGACUCUACCAACCAGCAUUCAUAUGUGUUCUCUUCAGACCCUUUCCCUUAAUGGCUGCUCAAAUCUUGAAAUUUUUCCGGAGAUUUCAGGAAUCAUGAACCGGCUAUUUGAGCUUCUUUUAGAUGAGACUGCAAUUAAAGGACUUCCCUCAUCAAUUAAUCUGCUUCCAGAGAUUAGAAAGUUAAGUAUGAGGAACUGCAAAAGCCUUGUCUUUCUUCCUGACAGUAUCUGUAAUUUGGCAUACCUUACACAUUUGGAUCUGCAGGGUUGCACAGAACUUAAGACUCUACCAACCAGCAAUCAUAUGCGUUCUCUUCAGGCCCUUUUCCUUGAUGGCUGCUCAAAUCUUGGAAAGUUUCCAGAGAUUUCAGGAAUCAUGAAGGAGGUAUCAGAGCUUCUUUUAGAUGAGACUGCAAUUAAAGGACUUCCCUCAUCAAUUAAUCUGCUUCCGAAGAUUAGAAAGUUGAGUAUGAGGAACUGCAAAAGCCUUGUCUUUCUUCCCGACAGUAUCUGUAAUUUGGCAUACCUUACACAUUUGGAUCUGCAGGAUUGCACAGAACUUAAGACUCUACCAACCAGCAUUCAUAUGCGUUCUCUUCAGACCCUUUUCCUUGAUGGCUGCUCAAAUCUUGAAAAGUUUCCAGAGAUUUCAGGACUCAUGAAGGAGGUAUCAGAGCUUCUUUUAGAUGAGACUGCAAUUAAAGGACUUCCCUCAUCAAUUAAUCUGCUUCCAAAGAUUAGAAAGUUGAGUAUGAGGAACUGCGAAAGCCUUGUCUUUCUUCCCGACAGUAUCUGUAAUUUGGCAUACCUUACACAUUUGGAUCUGCAGGGUUGCACAGAACUUAAGACUCUACCAACCAGCAUUCAUAUGCGUUCUCUUCAGACCCUUUUCCUUGAUGGCUGCUCAAAUCUUGAAAAGUUUCCAGAGAUUUCAGGACUCAUGAAGGAGGUAUCAGAGCUUCUUUUAGAUGAGACUGCAAUUAAAGGACUUCCCUCAUCAAUUUAUCUGCUUCCAAAGAUUAGAAAGUUGAGUAUGAGGAACUGCGAAAGCCUUGUCUUUCUUCCCGACAGUAUCUGUAAUUUGGCAUACCUUACACAUUUGGAUCUGCAGGGUUGCACAGAACUUAAGACUCUACCAACCAGCAUUCAUAUGCGUUCUCUUCAGGCCCUUUUCCUUGAUGGCUGCUCAAAUCUUGAAAAGUUUCCAGAGAUUUCAGGACUCAUGAAGGAGGUAUCAGAGCUUCUUUUAGAUGAGACUGCAAUUAAAGGACUGCCCUCAUCAAUUACUCUGCUUUCAGGGAUUGGAAAGUUGAGUAUGAGGAACUGCAAAAGCCUUGAAUCUCUUCCCGACAGUAUAUGUAAUUGGGCGCUAACACAUCUGGAUCUCACAGGUUGCACAGAACUUAAGACUCUACCAACCAGCAUUGAUAUGAGUUGUCUUGAGACCCUUAAGCUCGAUGGCUGCUCAAGUCUUGAUAAGUUUCCAGAGAUUUCAGGAAUCAUGAAGGAGCAACCCAAGCUUCCUUUAGAUGAGACCGCAAUUAAAGGACUGCCCUCAUCAAUCAAAGAACACUGUAGUUACUCUGCUCUGCGACAUCUUGGUUUAAGUGACUGCAAUCUGUUGGAGUUAUCAGAUGGUAUUACUCAUUUGUCUUCAUUGAGAACAUUAAAGUUGUGCAGAACCAACUUGGAGAGCUUACCUGUGACAAUGAAUCGACUUUGUUGUUUAACGCAUCUUGAACUGGAAGCUUGCAAGAGGCUGAAAUCAAUACCAGAACUUUCAUCGAGUAUAAAUUACAUAGAUGCACAUGAGUGCACAGCUUUGGAAACAGUUUCAAAGCUAAAGCCUCUGCCCCGUGGGAAUAAUUUCUUUACAUUUUCUAAUUGCCUCCAGCUGGUACAAACAAAUCUAUUCAGAGAUAUUGUGGAAAAAUAUGCGGAUUUUCAGGAUAACUACCGGCAACCUCUUCGGUUGAAUAUGUGUUUUCCUGGAAGUGAAGUUCCCGAUUGGUUCACCCAUCAGAGUGGGGGAUUUUCAGUACGUGUGCCGCUACUGGCAAAUUGGUUGGACCGCAGCUUUUUGGGAUUCGCCAUCUGCGCUGUUCUAAAAUACCAGGAAGUUCAUCAUUAUCCAUCUCCUUUAUCGGCUACUUGUUUAUGUACCUUCAAAGGAAGAAGUGAUGAUUGUAGUUUCAGUUUUGAUUUGCUCGAUUCGGUGUUCAGAAUUGAUAGAAUCCUUCAGACAGAUCACAUGUUCCAGGGAUAUGUGUCGUGGUCUGAAUGUCACUUGAUCCCAGAAGGAAAGCGGGUCAAUGAAACCUACACUGAGGCCACAUUUCAGAUAGAAAGUGAAUUUACAACAGAACAACACCGCAUCACAAGCUGUGGAGUUCAUUUCGUUUAUGCCCCAAGUGUAUGUGGACAGUUGUGGGACUGGAGUUGUCCUCUAUCGACACCUGUGAAAUGAGAAACGAAGAAACACAGAGGGUGGAAAUCACUGAAAUUUCGAUGGAGGUAGAGUCGUUGGAGUCAGGGGAAGGGAUAGACACCUCCCACACACUGCAGCUGUUACUAGAACAACCGAAAGAGAGAGAAGGAGAGAAAGAUACAAUGGAGAUGACGAAGCAUGAGGAGGGGUGCUCGGGUUCCUUGUGCUGCUGCCUGCUUGUUGUUGGAUGGUUGCAUUAUGUUAAUGGAACGAGUAGCACAAGUCGCAAUGUCAUCGUAGUUACCGGAAGCUGAUGCCUCGGGGGAAUGGGGAAUCCUCAAAUUAACUCUCUAGGUAGAUAAUUUUGAUUGCAGCUAGCUAGCUAGCCAGGUCACAUGAACUUGGAAGAACUGGAGCUGCAGGAUGAAUGUCGUUUUUUGUCAAUGAAGCUACCGCACAAGGCGUUUUUGGAAGGUCUUUCAGAAAGAUUUUAUUUUGAAGGAAGGCUCUUGACCCAGGUUUCGUUUACGUCAUUCAGCCGAGCUCGAGGUGUUGGCCACUCCAGGGAACUUGAACUAUAGCAUGAUUUCUGUCAAGUUUCCGGAGAAGACAUGUUUUGGUUUACCGUUUACAGUUGAUGGAAGUGUCACUGAUGUUGGCUUUUCAAGUUACCAUGCCAUAGUUUCGCCAUUCCAGGGUGGUUAUGUGAAAGUUGAGCAGUGGAUUUCUGAACUUCUCCAUAGUUUCGCCAUAGUCUGCGAUUUUUUUGACAUGAAUGAAUCUCAAAUGGAUGGUUUUAUUGCUUUUGAUGAACAAACAAAUUUUCUGUUAACAACCUUUAAUUUUAAGCUCACACAAACCAUAUUUUCCCAGUGGUGGUUAAUUAUCCCCUCUCCAUGAUCAUCUAGCUUGUCUGAUGACUAGAACAGAAGCAAACCAAUGUCAUGUGUAGUGAGAUGAAAUGUGAAAUUCACAUGAAGAUCAAAUCUGAUUCUUGAUCAGAACAAGUUCAUAGCUGCUCAGAAUUCAGGAAUCCCCCGACUUUACAGUUCUUGGUGCGAGUCUUUGAAAAAUGGGCUGAUUGGACCUUCUUGGACUCAUCGUUAAUGGGCCAUAUACAAGUCCAAAUAUGAGUACUUCCGCUUAAUUGGAUCAUGGGUCGUUAGAAUAUUUGGGCCUUAAAAUAUUCGAAAAGAGAACUAGAGAAGCACCCAUCUCGUUGUGAUUGGAUUUCCUGGGUCCAUUUCUGACCAUAAGUCAAAACAAGUCCAACGAGAACUUGCAGUAUUAGGCUCUUGUAUGCAA